UAUCCCGUUUCUUGUCUCAACUAAUCUCAGCCAGAAAAAAAGACGAUUGUGAUAAGAUUCAAUUCAACUUAUCGGUACUGACAGUGACUUUAAGGUAAUUACUUUUCAAGCAUCCACUAAUGUUCGCUUUCAUUAUUCAAAUUACUCAAAUCAUACUAGUCGUGUUUUUUAAUUUUUAAUAGAAAAAUUAUAGUAAAACAUACUACAUACUAGUAUUAAUCCUGGUCCAGUAAAGACAGACAAGAAAUAUCAACGUUACUUAAAAAGACUGGACCAAUCAUAUAACAAUUCUACAUUGACUGCUCCUGAUAAUUAUCAUGGAGCCUUUUGUUUUACAAGUUGUACACGUCUCGUCGUCUCCCUUAUCAACAAUAGAUCUAUAUGUUCUAAUCAUCUUAUUUAAUGUAAAUCAAGAAACUUAAUCACCCUAUUACAGUAUCUACCCGUCACUGUCUUCUUGUCUUUUUUUUAAUUUAAGACUAUAAAGGGAUUUAAAACCAUAUCUAAAAGGCAGACAGAUAGACAAAACAUAUACCCAAAAAAAAAAACCUUUUUAAAAUUUUUGUUUCUCAGACAACAAUACCUCACCGAUCGUACUUUUGAUCUGAUUCUUUUCAAUGGCGUCAACAACGCGAGAAAAGUUUGCAUCUUUCAUAAACAACAGAUGGCUUGUCUUCGUCGCCGCCAUGUGGAUACAGUCUUGCGCUGGCAACGGUUACUUGUUCGGUAGCAUUUCUCCCGUCAUCAAAAGCUCCCUUAACUAUAACCAGAAGGAGCUUGCUAGACUCGGAGUCGCCAAGGAUCUUGGAGACAGUGUUGGCUUCAUCGCCGGGUCUCUCUCUGAGAAUUUUCCUCUCUGGGUUGCUCUUCUCGUCGGCGCUGUUCAGAACCUCGUCGGUUACGGAUGGGUUUGGCUUAUCGUUACCGGCAGAGCUCCGGUUCUUCCGUUAUGGGCUAUGUGCUUUCUCAUAUUCGCUGGGAACAAUGGAGAAACCUACUUCAAUACGGGUUCACUAGUCUCUGGUGUUCAGAACUUCCCCAAGAGCAGAGGUCCAGUGGUGGGUAUCCUCAAAGGGUUUGCUGGCCUAGGCGGUGCCAUCCUCUCUCAGAUAUAUACAAUGAUCCACUCUCCUGACCCUGCUUCUAUCAUUCUGAUGGUUGCUGUUGCGCCUGCGGUUGUCGCUGUCUCCCUUAUGUUUUUCAUCAGACCCGUUGGUGGUCACAGGCAGCUCCGUCCCACCGAUGGAGCCAGCUUCACUUUCAUCUACGGUGUCUGCAUUCUCCUCGCCGUCUAUCUCAUGGCCGUUAUGCUUAUUGAAGAUCUGGUCGUUGUUAGCCACAACAUUGUCACCAUUUUCACCAUUGUCUUGUUUGUCAUUCUUGUUGUACCGGUCUUGGUACCGAUCAUGACAAGUUUCUUCAUGGACUCAAACGGUCCUGUUGAUACGGUAGAAGAACCACUUGUACCUAAACCCGAAGAAGACCAAGAUCCAGGACUGAGGACACCUGACUUGAUCUUGAGUGAAGUGGAAGAUGAGAAGCCAAGCGAUGUGGAUUCGCUUCCUGCCUCAGAGAGGCAUAAGAGAAUCGCUCAGUUGCAAACGCAGCUGAUGCAGGCAGCUGCUAAAGGAGCUGUACGUGUGAAGGGACGCAGAGGGCCUCACAGAGGGGAAGAUUUUACUCUAAUGCAGGCGCUCGUGAAGGCAGACUUCUGGCUCAUUUUCAUCUCCCUGCUCCUGGGUGGUGGUUCUGGUUUGACUGUGAUUGACAAUCUUGGUCAGAUGAGUCAGUCUCUUGGUUAUAACAACACUCAUGUGUUUGUGUCUAUGAUUAGCAUUUGGAACUUCCUUGGACGUAUCUCCGGCGGUUAUUUCUCUGAGCUCGUUGUCAGAGACUACGCGUACCCAAGGCCAGUAGCAUUAGCCGUGGCUCAGGUAGUAAUGGCUAUAGGAAACGUCUUCUUUGCGUUUGGAUGGCCUGGAGCCAUGUACAUUGGCACUCUCUUGAUAGGACUCGGGUACGGUGCUCACUGGGCUAUUGUACCAGCUACUGCCUCUGAGCUCUUUGGCCUUAAAAACUUUGGAGCUUUAUACAACUUCUUGACUCUAGCCAAUCCAGCUGGGUCCCUAGUCUUCUCUGGUAUGAUUGCAAGCACUAUAUACGAUAUGGAAGCAGAGAAACAAGCACACGGGUCAGUUUUUAAUCCGGAUGAUGUCCUUAAAUGCGAUGGUUACAUAUGUUACUUCUUGACGUCACUCAUAAUGUCUGGGUUCUGCAUCAUCGCUUGCAUCUUGAGUUUGUUCCUCGUGCGUCGUACCAAGCCUGUUUACACUCAGCUCUAUGGCAAGACCCGCACCUGAUAUGUUAAGUUGUUUUUAUGUAUGUGUAUGAUCAUGCUCAGCUUCUUUAUUCUUUGGUUUUGUCUUUGCGGAUACGGAUGUUUUUAUUCUGUGUCGAUUUUUGUUGUUGAUGUUGUCAAUUUUUGUUUGUUGAUUUCCUUUAAAAAAUUAUAAUAAUAAUUGAAGUUAUAAGGAAGGAAAAUAUUGAGAUU